ACUACCGGUACAACAAACGACAACAUCAUCGUCAACAGCAAAAAUAUUGCGUUGAACUCCGAGGACAGCAUCUGCAGUUUCAGAAAGAAAAAAAAAGAAUCGGUUAAAACCCGCAAUCAUCAGACAUUGGAACGAUGAGCAAUCCAUUGAAGAGCUUCUUCCAAGGAUUUCAGGAGACCGAAGACUCUCGAAUCGGACGCCUCUCGGAGCGUGUGGCAGAGUGAGUUGAAACAAUGUGCGCCCAUUUAGCCUGAGCGAUAUAUAUUCCCAAUGCAACUUCCGACCAGCAAUGUGUCUCAAMAUCUAUCUCCGUAUUUUACACCCUUUCUCAUCAUUUGGUAUAAUUUAUUUUGAUCUUAUCUAAUGGCGACUAAAAAAAAACAAUCGCACCGAAAAGGGGCUCUGUCGAUUCUCAAAAACAUUCAGAUGAAUACAACCGUCCCAAUAUGUUUACGCAUCUAUAUUACCUUCAGGAUGAACCCCGUCAACGCGGAUACAACGUAUACUCCAAUAUGAGCUCGUUCUUCAAGGGACGAGACGGUGGAGCUGCAUCUUCUUUCCAUUCGGUUCGUUAUUACAACGAAGAAGCCAAGAAGAAGAGGGCGGCUUUGGUAGAGAAAUACAAYGUCGAAAGUGCAGUGGCUACUCACACMGGAACAACGGAGUAGAGUUACCAGAGAGAUUGACGAGAAUUCAGUAGAAGAACAAAUAGUGGUGGAAAAGCCCGCCUCUUGAGUUGCUUUCUUUUCAUCUGAAAUUUGACCGAAGCAACAUGAUGAACCAAUACUUCUUUUGUAAUAGCGGAAGCAACAUUUUUUUCGAACUCCUGGUAUGACCUGACAAAUCAUUGUCUGUGUCAACUUUCUUGGCUACAUCAGUCAUAGUAGUAGCAGGAACAAAAGAUUAAUAGAGAUGAGUCAAGAUG